AUGGCAACCCCCACCUCUGUUGAGUAUGGCAAAGUCUCCCUUGAACAAGUUACCCGACUCCUCCUUGGGCUACUCAGCCAAGUUGAACGCUUGGAACGGGAAAUUGCUGAAAUCAAGGAAGCAGGGGUUGAAACCUGGACAAACGUCAAAAACAUAUCCCAAACCGUCAAUGUUGUCAAGGAUGGGCUUAAAACCCUCCAGCUCCAAGGGCCCAGAACACCAGAAGGACCUCAACCCAAGGCCGUGGAAGAAACGCCACGCCCCAUACCAAAGGUCAAGCCUACUGGAACAACUAGUGGGGCCCCCUUCUGGGCAGAAGCACCCAGGGCAAUCCCAGGCCUUGCCCAGCCUACCCCAAGAAGAGUUGCGCCCCCGCAAGUCCUGUCUCCCCCUCUAUCUCCGCGUCUCCAAUCCCCGAUUGGAGCACCUGCCUCUCCACCUCCGGCUCCAAUUGCCGCCUAUCCUGCCCCGGUCAAAGUAGACCACCCAGAUGCCUAUACAGGCAAGAUCGGGAGUGAAGCCAAACAAUGGCUCACAAGGAUGCUGGCUUGGACCCGGCUGAACUCUUGCAUGUUUCCCACGGACCAAGAAGUCCUAUCCUUCCUCCUAAUGAACAUGAAGGACUCUGCAGGAGCAUGGGCCCACCCUCACCUUGACCAGCUUGGGUCACACCAAGCAAUCAUUCAAACGGUCAAGGGAUUUAAAUUAGAGUUCUUGGCAGCAUUUGGUGACCCUGACGCCACAAGGGCCGCCGAGCGGAAGAUCACCACUCUUACCCAGUCCGGCACAUGCGCGGACUAUAUCACAAAGUUCAGAACCCUGGCAAUGGAACUGGACUGGAACAACGCGGCCCUUAGAGGCCAGUUUGCCCGUGGCCUCCACUGGGAGGUCAGUUGCCAAAUUGCAACCCGCAAACACCGGCCCUGUACACUCCUUGAGCUGCAGAACGCAGCACUUGUCAUUGACAACGCUCUCCGCAAAGAGCGUGCUAGCCACCCACCAAGGGACAAUAAGUCUAGCAGACCAUCUAACCCCCCAAGGGGGACAAGUACCGGUCAAAUCACAUCCAGUUCAAAGAAACUCUCCAAUGACCCCAACUUUGUGUUGGAAGAGGAACAAAAUCACCGCCGCGCCGCUGGCGCCUGCAUCAAAUGCGGCAAAAUGGGCCACAAGUUUGCGGAAUGCCGCACAGGCUGGAAGGCUACCCCUAUUGAGGAAAAGGGGAAAGCCAAGGAAACCGCCAAAAUUGGCAAAGACUCCAAGUACCAAUCGGGAAAAGAAAUAUCCCCACUCUUCACGAUUUCAAUUAAGCCAGAGAAACAAGCGGAACACUUAGAAGUCCUGAUUGACUCAGGCGCCACCUCAUCCUUUAUGCACCCUUGUACCGCGGAAUCACUCCGCCUUCCACUCAUAGACCUUCCUUCACCCCGCACCGUUACCAUGCUUGAUGGGUCAAGCCCCCAGGCUGGCAAAAUCUGGAAAAAGGCUAACCUAACCUUUUCCUUUGAUGGCAAACGUAUAACUGAGACCUUCCUCAUUUGCAACACAGGGUCUCACGCUGCCAUCUUAGGUUUGAAAUGGUUGGACGCCCACAACCUGGAAAUUGAUUGGAACCACCGGACCCUAUCCUUUCCCCACGCUCCACCGGAACAUGUGGCAAUUGCCGAGGAGGAAGAAGCUGAUCAAAAUCCCCUUAAUGGAGUACCUUCCAAGUACCACCAAUACGCCAAGGUAUUUGGAGAGGAGGAAUUCAACAAGCUUCCGCCCCACCGGCAUUACAACAUUGGGAUUGAAUUGACGGAAGAAGGCCCCUUGAACUCUCCAUUAUACAGCAUGACUGACGCCAAAUCCGCUACACUCAAGGAUUGGCUUAGGGAUGAGCUCAAGGCAGGCAAAAUCUGCCCCAGCAAGUCCUCUAUCAGCUCACCAGUAAUGUUUGUCCCCAAAAAGGAUGGAUCCCGCCGCUUGGUAGUUGACUACUGUUGCCUUAAUAGCCGGACAAAAAAGAACGUGUACCCGUUACCUUGUCCAGAUGACCUCAUGGCCCAGCUCCGUGGUGCCAAGGUCUUCACCAAGCUAGACCUGAGAUGGGGUUACAACAAUGUCCGUGUUAAGAAGGGCGACAAAUGGAAAACUGCGUUCCGCACCAAAUAUGGCCUGUACAAAUCCCUUGUCAUGACCUUUGGUUUAACCAAUGCCCCUGCCUCAUUCCAACACUUCAUGAAUGAUCUAUUCAAGGAUUUACUGGACGUAUGCGUCAUCAUUUACCUUGAUGACAUCCUAAUUUACUCAAAGGAUGACAUAACCCAUACCCAACACGUUCAUGAGGUCUUACGGCGGUUAAUGGAAAACCAGUUGUUCUGCAAAGCGUUGAAAUGCACAUUCCACAUCACAUUGGUGGAAUACCUGGGGAUUAUUGUGUCAGACAAAGGUUUCAGUCUGGACAAACUCAAGAUCCAAGCAGUUCAGGAAUGGCCCACGCCCACCAAGGUUAAGGAAGUACAAUCCUUCCUGGGUUUCGCCAAUUUCCUCCGCCAAUUUGUUGCCAAUUUCAGCCACAUGGCCAGGCCACUACACAACCUGGUAAAAAAGGACACACCCUGGAAGUGGGAUACAAAGGAACAAGAAGCAUUCCAAGGGUUAAAGAACGCCAUAACCAAUGCCCCGGUCCUCUGUCAUGCAGACCCCAGUAAACCCUACUUCCUUGAAACAGAUGCAUCCGGCGCAGCCCUAGGUUCCAUACUCAGUCAACGGCAGGAAGACGGACGCCUACAUCCACUAGGAUUCCUGUCAGAAUCCUUUAAGGGAGCAGAACAGAAUUAUGAUACGCAUGACAAGGAAUUACUAGCGAUCAUCCGUUCCUUUGAAUACUGGCGCAUCUUCUUAGAAGGAACUCUGCACCCGGUCACUGUGUUCACGGAUCACUGUAACCUAGAGUAUUGGAAGGAGUCCCGUACAUUCAACUGUUGUCACGCCAGAUGGCACCUAUUACUAGCCGGAUAUAACUUCCAGAUUGUCUAUUGCCCCGGAAAACAAUCAGGGAAGCCAGAUGCACUCUCACGGCAAUCAGAUCAUGCCAACAUUCCACCUGCCAGUCAAACCAUGCUGCCCAACCCCGUCUUUGCCAAUGUAGCACUAGUCACCCCUGAGAAAGAACUCCAGCGCCAAAUUGAGGCCGGCCUAGACCAAGAUGAAUCCCUGGAGGAAAUAUUACAAUUUCUCCAAAAUGAGUCUAAGGCACCCCCGUCCAUCAAAAAGGCAUUCAAGGAUUACAAGAUGGAGGCCGGAUUGCUGUUUUACCAAGGGCGCAUUGUGGUUCCAGAUGUUGGUACCCUGAGGACAGAUUUGCUUCACAUCUUCCAUGACAGCCCAUUGGCUGGUCACCCAGGCAGGCAACAAACUCUGGAACUGGUAUCACGUAACUACUACUGGCCAGGCAUCCGCGCAGAUAUGUAUUGGCACGUAGACUCCUGUGAAACCUGUCAACGGAUCAGAAAACCCAAGUACACCUCCAUCCCUCCACAGCCACUUGAACUCCCAUCCAGGCCAUGGCAACACGUAUCCUAUGAUAUGAUUGUAGACCUACCAAAGGACGGAAACAACAAUUCCAUCCUAGUCAUCAUAGAUAGCUUCACCAAAUAUGGGAUCUUUGUCAAAUGCUCCAAAAGGCUCAAGGCACCCGAGCUAGCAGAGCUGUUCCUGGAGCACAUGUGGAAACGCCAUGGGAUGCCGGAAAAGACAAUAUCAGAUAGGGGCAGGGUUUUCAACAACAAGUUCCUACAAGCGCUCUACAAACAAUUAGGCAUUGACCCGCACUUCUCCUCAGCCUACCACCCACAAAGCAACGGACAAACAGAACAAGUAAACCCCUCUAUCAAACACUUCCUAAGGGCUUACUCUGGUAUCAAUCAAAGGGAUUGGACAAGAUGGCUCCCAAUGGCGGAAUUUGCUUAUAACAACGCCGUACAUAGCAGCACUGGGAAAACUCCGUUCAAAGCCUUAUAUGGAUGGGAACCUUCCCUGACCCCGUCUAACGUACCUACAGAUGUUCCAGAAGCCAAUGAGCUAGCUCAGACAAUGGAAGCCCAAUGGAAAGAAGUGGAAGCAGCGCUCUGGCAAUCUAAGACAAGAAUGACCACUGGGGAAGAGGGAAGCCCAACCGCGUUUGAAAUAGGGGAGGAAGUAUGGCUUGAUGCCAAAAAUAUUAGCCUCAAAACCCUGAGCUCCAAACUGUUGGAACAAUGCUUGGGACCCUUCAAGGUUUCUGAGAAGAUUUCCAACCGCACGUACCAGCUUGAGCUUCCCACUACCAUGCGCAUCCAUAAUGUCUUUUACGUGGGACUAUUGUCAAAAGUCAAGAAGGAUGACAAAUGUACCUUCAAAAAUUGCCCCCCUCCAGUCACCAUAGACAGGGAAGAAGAAUACAAAGUAGAAGGGAUAACGGACAUGGAAGAAAGGAACGGAAAAUGGUUCUUCAGAGUCAAAUGGAAGGGCUAUGGAUCAGAAGAAAACACGUGGGAGCCCCAAGAAAACCUCAAAAAUGCGGGGAAAAUUUUAAAGAAGUAUGAGGAAGAAAUGAGGAAGAAGGCCCUUGGCGCCGCCAAGGCCCUUAAAGGGGGGCAGUGUUGUAGACACACUCAAUACCAGGGAAUUUAUUCCCAUUUUCUUGGAUUUAAACAAAAGCAAACAGACAACAUUUUUGAUCACGUGACCUCGGCGCUUAUAUCAUACGCUAAGCGCCAAGCCACGUCCCCAUCUGCGCUUACCUCAGCAUACGUAGCCACCUCCACCUGA